GGACUCCUUGUCUUCCUCCAACAGCGACGACAAGCAGUCCCCGGUCUUCUUCACCUCCAGGCCCCAAGUCGCUGCGCCGCUGACCCCCACCCUCUCCAGGGCGACCUGUGAAGUCCCCCUGCAACAAUCCUACUCCAUUGUUGCAGAGCAGAAACAGCUCCUGCCCCCUCCCUCGCCCAGGUUUGCCCCUCGUCACAACCCCCAAGUGGAGAAGACCCUCAUGGAGACGCGUCGACGGCUGGAACAGGAGCGUCUGCUCCUGCAGCCGCUCAGCGAGCCCCCAGUGCCUCGCCGCCGACUCGCCAGCUUCAGCGGCAUGGGCUCCACCAGCUCGCUGUCCUCUUACUCGGGGUCUAUGGCCCCGAGCCAGAUCUCUCCCAGCGCCCAUCAGCCUCUCCCCAUCAACGGCCACCUCCCUAAUGGAGAGUAUAACCCCUACUACCCACCAUCCAUGGGCAGCUCCAUCCGCCACAGCCCAAUGAGCUCCGGCAUGGCCACGCCUGUCACUAACGUCAGCCCGCUACACCUUCAGCAAAUCCGGGAGCAGAUGGUGGUGGCCCUCAAGAGGCUGAAAGAGUUAGAGGAGCAGGUGAAAACCAUUCCUAUCUUACAGGUUAAGAUUGCUGUUCUACAGGAAGAGAAAAGACAAUUGGCUGCUCAAUCCAAAAAUCAAGCUCCCGGAGGUUUUCGUAAGCGCUCCUACAGUGUAGGCAGCGUUGACCAAAUGGAGAACCCGGGCCCCAUCCAAAAGGAACCAGAGUUGCACAUCAUGGAGCCUGAAGCCCAGGAACAGAGCGCUCAGCGGCUGGAGGAGUUCAGACGUCUGGCUGCUGAGGUCCAAGCUCUGGAGAAGACCACCCAGGACAAUAAUCUAAACGAGCUUCAGCCUCACAGCCUCACUCAAAACCAGGCCCACCAAAAGUCCAUCGGCAUAGUUACUGAUGAAAACAUGAACAACCUUCCUGUCCGUCAGAGAAAGCUGACAAAUGAACUCUGUUUCCGGGAUGCAGGAGUAGUGACGGAGCGGCAGGAAGUGCGCAGCGCUGCGGUCGGCGUGACCGAGGCCAUGCUGGGCAUGACCAGCGAAGCUGAGAAAGAGAUCGAGCUCCAGCAGCAGACCAUCGAAGCUCUGAAAGAGAAGAUCUACCGCCUGGAGGUGCAGCUGAAAGAAACCACCCACCAGAUGGAGAUGGGAAAGCUAAAACUGGAGCUCCAAGCGGCUGGUGGGUCAAACAAGAAGAAGGCGGACAAAGGCGUGAUGGCCAGGCCGGAGAUGUACAACGCCUGCGUGGAGGCCAAAGUCCAGAUGCGCAGCCACGGAGUGGGUGACCAUCUGGAGUUCAGCCAUGUUGGCACAGCUAAAACUAUACAAAGCCACAGUGUAGGAGUGUCCUGUCAACCCAGUGUUGCCAGCAUUGCCACCGGCCCGGAGAUCCCUAUGGACCGGUGGGUGGUGCAUGAGCGCGUGGAGACGGCUGACCAGUGUGUGGGGAGGCGGGUGGAGACGUGUCACCAGCAGGUCGGCGUAGAGCUGAAUGUUUGUGAGGUGGGAGUUAACACAGAGGAGUCGGUGGACAGCCUGGCUCUCUGCAAACCCAUGACAGAGUUGAGCAAAGAGAGCAGGACGGUCGGCUGUGGAGAUUGUUCAGUCGAUGUGAUCGUCAGUCCCGUCAAGGCGCUGGUGUCGCAGGGAACUGACCCAGAUCCUGUGAUGAAGGUGGACGCUGGCGUCAUGGCUGCUCCUGACUCAGCAACUCAGCAGACCAAUACUGAGACAGAGGUUUCAAACAAGUCCACCAACACAAGGACCGCUGUCCUAACGGACUCCUUCACUGAGACGGUGUUGAUCACUUGUGAUAAACAGACCAACACGGCGGUGACGGAAAUGAGGACGGUCGCCGCUGGGGAGGGACUCGUCAAAGACGUUCACUCGACGGCAAAGACACGUUCGAUUGCUGUUGGAACCACCACAGAUGUGGAGUCAUUCCUCGGCAAAUCAAGCUCAACCAAAACCAAAGAAUGUGGCGUUGGGCCAGUUAGCGUCCACGAGAACUUCUUGGUCGGCUUAAAAACCAGAAACAUAGCAUGCGGCCCCUCCCAGCCGGCUGAAUCCGUCACAAGCAGCAGCAGCAAGGAGACUGCGGAGGUUAAAACGGAGCCUGCACCACCGCAACCUGAGGCCCAGGGGGGCGCCGGACUGGACCAUUACAUCGAGAGGGUGCAGAAGCUGCUGCAGGAGCAACAGAUGCUGCUCGCAGAGAACUACAGCGAGCUGGCCGAAGCUUUCGGUCAGCCCCAGUCCCAGUUUGGAUCCAUCAACAGUCAGCUGGUCAGCACUCUCUCCUCCAUCAACUCCGUCAUGAAGUACGGAAGCGUGGAGGACAUCCUCAAGCUGCAGGCGGAGUCUGUGGCCUCCGACAAAGAGCUCGGUCAGCAGCUGCGCGCCACGUCGCUCUCUGUCGCCAACACACCUGCCCAGCAACAGCAGAUCAGCGCAGCCGAGCAGAAGAGCCGCAUGGACCUGCAGAUGUCCACGGCGCUACACGGGCAGCCGUGCAGUCAGAGCACCCUGAAAUCCAUCAUGAAGAAGAAGGACGGCCGACCCGACUCCAACGGCACCAAGAAGAACCUGCAGUUUGUCGGAGUGAACGGAGGGUACGAGAGCACGUCGAGCGACGACUCCAGCUCAGAGGACAGCAGCUCCUCUGGGUCGGACGAAGAGGAGGAAGAGGAGGAGGAGGAGGAGGAGGGGAAGGAGCACGGAGGAAAGGAGGAAAAUAAGAACGCGGAGGGAAAGAGCACCAGGGAGGAGUUCCAGCCUGAGGGAGCCGAGGAUGUGGACAAGAAGGAUGAAGAGGAAGGUUCAGAGAAGCAGGAGACGAGGGAGAGGUAUGAGCUGAGUGAGAAGAUGUUGGCUGCGUGCAGCGUUCUCAAAACUCACCUCAGUGACUCGAAGGCUGUGAGCAGUAAAGAUCUGAGAGCUUGUCUGAACACGGUGCAACACGAGUGGUUCCGCGUGUCCAGCCAGAAGGCGGCUGUGGCGGCCAUGGUGGAGGACUACCUGGGGGCCUUCGGGGCCAUCUCGCCGGCCGUGCUGCGCCACGUCGUCAACAUGGCCGACGGCAACGGCAACACGGCGCUGCACUACAGCGUGUCGCACUCCAACUUCCAGGUGGUGAAGAAGCUGCUGGUUGCAGAUGUGUGUAGCGUGAACCAGCAGAACAAGGCGGGAUACACACCCAUCAUGCUGGCAGCGCUGGCAGCCGUGGAGACUCCCAAGGACAUGCACAUCGUGGAGGAGCUCUUCAGCAAGGGCGACGUCAACGCCCGAGCCAGCCAGGCGGGUCAGACCGGGCUGAUGCUGGCGGUCAGUCACGGCAGGAUGGACAUGGUUCGGGCCCUGCUGGCUCACGGGGCCGACGUGAACGUCCAGGACGACGAGGGCUCCACGGCGCUGAUGUGCGCCAGCGAGCACGGCCACGUCGAGAUCGUCAAGCUGCUGCUGGCUCAACCCGGCUGUGACGCCACGCUCAGCGACAGCGACGAGAGUAAUGCCCUGUCCAUAGCUCUGGAAGCAGGACACAAGGACAUUGCAGUGUUGCUUUAUGCACAUGUCAACUUCUCCAAAGCCCAGUCACCAGGAACCCCUCGACUCGGCAGAAAGACGUCACCCAGUCCCACCCGGAGGGGCAUGUUCGAUUAGAGGCCCCGCCUCUGCCCAGAAACCCUGCGCUGCUAUUGGUUCACGCUGAACGAUGCCUUACCCACAGCUGGAUGAGGUGACUUAAUCCCCAAGCACCAACCUACCAACCAACCA